AUGGAGGAUAUCCACAAUAUCAUUGAUUCGGGUGUCUCUAAAGGACUUGAGUAUUGUGGGAUGAGAAAAGAAGGAUUGGAGAAGGGAGAGUUGAUAGAAUCACCGCCGCAGAUACAACUUUUCAAAGCAUUCAAUCUCGCUACAUCUGAAGCAAAGGAUAAAGCAGAUCGUCUUGCCAGGAUAAGGGAGGAGACCAUGAACAGGGAGAAAACACGGAAGCAUUUUAUGGAGAGUGUGGAAGGAGUGGCAUGUACACGAAAGGCUCAAACGAAAGUACCUCUUGUAUCGUCCACAUUCUCGCCGCUGCCCCAGGACUCAACGCAUAAUACUCCUCGGCAGGGCUCUAUGGAUUCUGAGAUGAGUGAUAGGACAGAAGAAGACAGAGAGCAGCCUAUCCAUAAUGGUAUGUAUGGGGAUGCGUACGUGGACAUAUAUAGCGAUGUUUACUGGGACACAAAUGUGGAUAUACAUGAAGAGAAUCUCGUUUCAGAAAAGCUCUCGCGUAAAAGACGAAAGAAAUCAACCCGAAGUAAACAAAGGAAGAAGGCUGCAGAACUUCAAGCUUCGCUGCAAAUUCAUGGAUUACUUCCUGUUCCCCCGCAAGCUUUACAGGAGCAAUCCGAUCAAACAGUUUCGCGGCGUGAUGCCGCAGCUCUUCGUCCCAAAUCAAAUAAUAACCAGCAGGAAUUAAGAGAGCAGGAAGGCAGUAGAGGGUUGACUAUGGAGCGAACUAAUCCUGGAGUGUUUACUCUGCAGCAAGCGCGCCUGGAAAAAAUAGCUAACCUACGUGAGAGAACAAUGGCACGCAAAAUUUUGCUGCAAGCACAGGGUCUUUUCCCAGUGUCCCCUUCUCGGCAAAAUGUGAAAGGGAACUCAAUUCGAACUCUCCCAGAUGGUAACCUCGAGGCUAAUAUCUCUAAGCCUCAUGACAUGCAGGAAAAGGAAAAUAGACAGGAAACUUUCGGAAUUAUGGAAAUCGAGAAUAUUGGUUCUGGAGCCAGCCCGCAGAAGAAGGAUUCAAGUCAGCAUGUCACCAAUAGCCCGAAAACAUAUCAAGUCAGGCUGAGAGAGCAGAGGGAUAAGAUGAGAGCACAGACACAACAAAGCACAUUGGAUCGACAGAAAUCAUAUGGAAUGGCAGCCUCCCCUGCUCAGCCUACGCAAAACUAUCCCACGAUUAUUCGUAAAAGUUACGAAAACGAUGUUGAAACUCCGCUCCAGCAGGAGCAAGAAUUGAGCACUUCAAUACUAGGUGAAAUUAGAGUGUUAUUACAGAGGGAGAAGGAACGAAGACAAAGACUAUCAGCACUAGAUGACGUUGAUUUGGUGGAAAAAAGGACAGAAGAACAGGAGCAAGAGAUUUUGGUACUGGAACGGAUUAGAUUAUCGAUAGAGGAUACUGAGUCGAGGGGUGUACCUGCCAAGAUUUACGAUGUCUCGGAGAAGAUCAGUUUGGAGAUGGCGAAAGAACGAGCUGCACUUCCAGAUCAAGAUUCAUCAUUACACGCACAAUCUACUCAUCAGAAGCCGUGGCAGGAAAAUUCUUCUGUAAUUAGUACUGGAAGUCGAGAAGGGUCACAACUUGAGCGUGAGCAAGGAGAUCGCGCUACGGGAGGGACAGGAGACGGGGAACUCCUUCCAGCGCUGAAAGAUGCUGGAUUUCUACAAGAGAACUUGGACAUGAAAAUCGAUACUGUUGUUGAAUAUAGAAACAAAGAGGACGUUGCAAAAACUUUUUCAAUACAUCAAAACAUUGGAGAUGUAUCAGACGAUGCGAGGCGGCACGGCACAAAGAUUGGAGAAGUAAUUCAAGAGACUCCACUAAGAUCUGGCGCGAUGGUUGAGCAUCCAUCAAAAGAUAUCUGGCCUAGAUCCAUUCCCGAAAUGCUUUCACAGCUUUUUUACCUGUCAGAAGAAGUGGAAGAAAUCAUAAAAAUGGAGAAUGGAUGGCUUGGGUGGCUAGGAAUUGAUACUGAUAUUGACGAAGACAUUAAACAUUUCAUCAAUGUAACGAAACCCUCACUCAAUACCACUAUCAAGUACCCAUCAGAACCAGAAGAUACCAGAGCCACUCCCGAUAUCUUAUCAGAAUUAUUCGAUAUAUCAGAAGAUAUCGAAGAUAUGAUAGACACGGAGAAUAAGUGGUUUGGCUGGCUGGGAAUGGAUAUCGAUGUUCAAGAUUUCGCAGAUGUAUCCGCUGGGUGUUAA